GUCUGAUGUUUUUUCCCACUUGCAAUAGUUUUCAAGCCGAAUGAGCUUCGGCAAGCCUUGAUGCCAACCCUGGAGAAGCUUUACCGUCAGAAUCCGGAGUCCCUUCCCUUCCAGCAGCCGGUGGAUCCCAAGACCUUGCAAAUACCUGACUACUUUGACAUCGUGAGGCAGCCCAUGGACCUGUCCACCAUCAAGCACAAGCUGGACACCGGGGUGUACCAGAACCCCUGGCAGUACGUGGACGAUGUCUGGCUGAUGCUGGAGAAUGCCUGGCUGUACAACCGUAAGACGUCCCGCGUCUACAAGUACUGCUCCAAGCUCGCGGAGGUAUUUGAGACUGAGAUUGACCCUGUCAUGCAGAUGCUGGGGUACUGCUGUGGCCACAAGUUUGUUUUCCACCCGCAAGUGUUGUGCUGUUAUGGCAAGCAGCUCUGUAUCAUCCCGUGUGAUGCUGUGUAUUGGAGCUAUCAGAACAGGUAUCACUUUUGUGAGAAAUGCUUCAACGAGAUCGAGGGUGACUCGGUGACAUUGGGAGAUGACCCAACGCAGUCACAGACGUUCUGGUGGACUGGCAAUGACACAAGGUUCAACCAUUCUAAGCAACUGGAAAGUACUAUCAAAAAGGAGAACUUUGUGAAACUGAAGAACGAUACCCUGGACAUUGAACUGUUUGUAGACUGCUUGGAAUGUGGGAGGAAACUCCACGUGAUAUGUGUCCUGCACAAUGAGGUCAUCUGGCCUGAAGGCUUCAUCUGCGACGGUUGCAGAAAGUCCAAAGGCAUCAAGAAGGAGAACAAGUGUAACGCUAAGAAACUGCCGUCAUCGAAGCUAGGCAUCCACUUAGAGAGCCGAGUGAACAAGUUCCUGAAGUGUCGCAAUACGGGAGCCGGGGAGGUAACCAUCCGGGUGCUAGCCAGCUCUGAGAAGACGGUGGAAGUCAAAUCAGGCAUGAGGAAUCGGUUUGGAGAUGACCUACCGGAAACAUUUCCCUACCGGGCGAAGGCACUGUUUGCCUUUGAAGAGAUUGACGGGACGGACGUGUGCUUCUUUGGCAUGCAUGUCCAGGAGUACGGCUCGGAGUGUCUCAGGCCAAAUCAGAGGCGUGUGUAUAUAUCGUAUUUAGACAGUGUUCACUUCUUCCAACCCCGUGCUUACCGAACAGCAGUAUACCAUGAAAUCCUCAUCGGCUACCUUGAUUAUUGCAAGUUAUUAGGGUAUGAAUGGGCCCACAUCUGGGCGUGGCCCCCGAGCGAAGGGGAUGACUACAUCUUUCACUGUCAUCCCCCGGAGCAGAAGAUCCCUAAGCCAAAGAGACUGCAGGACUGGUACCGUAAGAUGUUGGACAAGUCAGUGACGGACAAGGUCGUUGUGGACUUCAAGGACAUCCUGAAGUCAGCAAUGGACGACGGCAUUACCUGCGCAACCGAGCUGCCGUACUUUGAAGGCGACUUCUGGCCCAACGUUCUGGAAGAGAGCAUCAAGGAACUGGACCAGGAGGAAGAAGAGCGACAGAAGGCAGCGGAGAAGGCCGCCGCGGCCAGCGCAGGGGAAGAGUCGGUACCGAUCGGCAGCAAGAAGUCCCAGAAGAAGUGCAAGAAGAACAACAAGAGCAAGAGCAGCAGCAACCGCAAGAACAACAAGAAGACCAACUUCCCCCAGCAAGGCAACGACCUGUCCCAGAAGAUCUUCUCCACGAUGGAGAAGCACAAAGAGGUGUUCUUUGUCAUCCGUCUGGUGCCCAACCCCGGCCAGAACCAGGAACCCAUCCAGGACCCGGACCCCUUGGUGUCCUGCGACUUGAUGGAUGGCCGGGACGCCUUCCUGACCUUGGCAAGGGAGAAGCACUACGAGUUCUCCUCACUGCGACGAGCCAAGUACUCCACCAUGUGCAUGCUGUGUGAGCUGCACAACCAGGGACAGGACCGCUUUGUCUACACCUGCAAUGAGUGCAAGCACCACGUGGAGACAAGAUAUCACUGCACCGUCUGUGAUGACUAUGAUUUGUGCAGUAACUGCUACCGGAAGAUUGGUCACAAUCACAAGUUGGAGAAAUGGGGACUGGAACUGGACGUGGACUCCAACAGCGGUGCGUCGCGCAACCCACAGGAAGCCCGUCGCCUGUCCAUUCAACGCUGCCUCCAGAGUCUGGUCCAUGCUUGCCAGUGCAAAGACGCCAACUGCCGCCUGCCCAGCUGCCAGAAGAUGAAGCGGGUGGUGCAGCACACCAAGGUCUGCAAGCGCAAGACCAACGGGGAGUGCCCCAUUUGCAAGCAGCUCAUCGCCCUCUGCUGCUACCAUGCCAAGCACUGCCAUCAGGAGCAGAAAUGCCUGGUGCCAUUCUGCCUGAAUAUCAAACACAAACUCAAGCAGCAGCAGCUGCAGCACAGGCUGCAGCAGGCACAAUUGCUGCGCCGACGCAUGGCCACCAUGCAGCAGGUGACUGCCCCAAACCAAGCCAUGAACCCACAGGCUUCCACCACCGGUGCCAAUCCCAUACAACAUGGUGCACGAUCUCAGCAGGCCACAGGAGUGGCAGCCCAGCAACCAGGGGGGAAGAGACAACUUGACUCUGCUGAAGAUGAUUGCAUUCAACCACCAUCAAAGAAGAAAUCUAAAGGAGAAACGUCUAGUGGAGGCGAUAAACAAGUUCCAGAAGGAGCUGAAGGAGAAGUGACCAAGGAGGAUGUUGGAGAUGAGAGCCAGCUGCAAGACUUUUGAUGGCAGCCAUGGAAGCAGAUUCUCCUGGUACUUACUCAGUAUGUUGCUGGAUUGGCUUCAUUUAUGUUCAUGAGAAUUAGGAUAACAUCAAUGGCAACUUUCACUUACUGCCAGAUUAGCAACCAUUUAUUUCCCCGUCACUUUUGUGGUAUUGGAUUUUUUUCAGAAUUGGUUCAGCUGGUUUAAAGGGAAUGUACAACAUUAUUUUGUUUU